AUGGCCUUCACAGACCUGCUGGACCGCCUAGGCGGAGUGGGUCGCUUCCAGCUCAUCUACACGGGCCUGCUGCUGCUGCCCUGCAGCCUGCUGGCCUGUCACAACUUCCUGCAGAACUUCACGGCUGCCGUGCCUCGCCACCAUUGCCAAGGCCCCGCCAACCACACUGCGGCCGCCACCAACGACUCGGGGGCCUGGCUCAGGGCCGUCGUACCCCUGGACCGCCUGGGGGACCCCGAGCCAUGCCGGCGCUUCAAGGAGCCUCAGUGGGCUCUCCUGAGCCCCAACACGUCUGUCCGCGGGGCGGCCACGGAGGGCUGCAGGGACGGCUGGGUCUAUGACCGCAGCGUUUUCCCGUCCACUAUCGUGAUGGAGUGGGAUCUGGUGUGUGAGGCCCGCCCCCUCCGCGACCUCGCUCAGUCCAUCUACAUGGCCGGCGUGCUGGUGGGCGCCAUCGUGUUUGGUGGCCUCGCGGACAGGCUGGGCCGCAAGGGCCCCCUGGUCUGGUCCUACCUGCAGCUGGCAGUUUCGGGGGCCGCCACGGCAUACUUCGGUUCCUUCGGUGCCUACUGUGUCUUCCGGUUCCUGAUGGGCAUGACCUUCUCCAGCAUCAUCCUCAACUCCCUCUCCCUGGUCGUGGAGUGGAUGCCCACCCGGGGCCGGACCGUGGCGGGGGUCUUGCUGGGGUACUCCUUUACCUUGGGUCAGCUCAUCCUGGCCGGAGUGGCAUACGUGAUCCGCCCCUGGCGGUGGCUACAGUUUGCUGUCUCUGUUCCUUUCCUCAUCUUCUUCCUCUAUUCUUGGUGGCUGCCAGAGUCAUCCCGAUGGCUUCUGCUCCAUGGCAAGUCCCAGCUAGCUGUGGAGAACCUUCGGAAGGUGGCUGUUAUGAAUGGGAGAAUGGAGGAAGGGGAAAGGCUGACCAAAGAGGUGGUGAGCUCCUACAUCCAGAGUGAAAUAGCAAGUGUCUGCCCCUCCAACUCAGUCUUGGACCUCUUCCGAACCCCGGCCAUCCGAAAGAUCACGUGCUGUCUCAUGGUGGUCUGGUUCUCUAACUCCCUGGCUUACUACGGGCUGGCCAUAGACCUGCAGAAGUUUGGACUCAGCGUAUACCUGGUCCAGGUCCUGUUUGGGGUCAUAGACAUCCCGGCCAUGCUGGUAGCCACCACCACCAUGAUUUACUUGGGCCGCCGGGCCACAGUGGCUUCCUUCCUCCUCCUGGCGGGGCUCAUGGUGAUCGCGAACAUGUUUGUGCCAGAAGACAUGCAGGCCUUGCGCGUGGCCCAGGCGGCACUCGGCAAAGGCUGCCUGGCCAGUUCCUUCAUCUGUGUGUACCUGUUCACGGGCGAGCUGUACCCCACAGAGAUCAGGCAGAUGGGGAUGGGCUUUGCUUCGGUCAGUGCCCGCUUUGGGGGUCUGACUGCACCCCUGGUCACCACGCUUGGGGAGUUCAGCACCAUCCUGCCGCCCUUGGGCUUCGGGGCCACCUCGAUCCUGGCCGGCCUGGCUGUCUGCUUCCUGGCUGAGACCCGCAACGCGCCCCUGGUGGAGACCAUCGAGGCCAUGGAGAGGAGAGUCCGACAAGGUCUUCGCAAGGAGGAUGCAGAAGAGAAGACGGAAGAAAUUUCUCUCCGGCAGCUGGGAGCUUCUCCCCUCAAAGAAACCAUCUAA